CUACCUACUUCUCGCACAGCACAGAAAUAUUGGGGAACUGGGCUGUCAGUUUUGAUGCUAGUAUGGGGCAUGCUGGGGUGCUUGUCAAGUAUCUCCUUGCUAUGAAUUCUCCUCAAAUUCCUGCAAGGUCAAGGAUUCCAGAGAGAGUAUGCAGGCCUGACAGAAGCCCCCCAAGACCUCCCACCCAGCCUUAAAUACCUGGCACGACUCCUUGUUCCACAGCCCAGGGUUAGAAUUAAACAUGUGGCUGGGAAAAGCAGGUGUGUGUCCCCCCACCCCACUCCACCUCAUCCUCCCUCACCCCGCAAUAUCAGUUACUUUACUCGUAGUCACAGGGAACCACGGAGAAGUGGAGAGCCAACUGCACCUCAAUUGCAGUCAUCGCCUUUUGAAAGACUGUCAAUGGCAGGCAGAGUUCUGGUUGGUCAAAUGCAUGUGCUCAGAGGGCAUGGAGCUAGCUGUGAAUAACAGCACCUGCACGGGUAUACCUGCCCCCAUAUCAGGCCCUCUGGUUCUAUUAGUGGCUGUGGUGGCAGCUUCUACACUGAGCCUCCUUAUGUGUGCGGGUCCUGAUUCUGGGUACGGAUCAUUCAGCAAGCAUGCCCUGGGCCAUUGUGCCUUUGGAGAGGUCUAUGAGGGACUGGAUGGCCUUCUUGGGGACCCCAGCCCCCUGCAGGUGGCUAUCAAGGUGAGAGGGGGUGGGGCUUCUGGCUGGAGCCAGGAGAGCAGGGUUCCAAGGAGAGAGAAACAAUUGCUGAUGCUAGGGUCAACCCACCCUCCUGGUGUCUGGGGACCUCAGGAGCUCGGUGCCCUUAACCUCCCUAGACUGCCCGAACUCUGCUCUCCUCAGGACGAGCGGGAUUUCCUCAUGGCGGUGCACCUGGGGCCACAGGCCAUGUGGAAGUUGUGGGGAAGGCACCCAGCACCUGCAGGAGCUGCCUCUCUUCACCAAGGGCCUAGAGGUAGCAAGUCUAGGGACACCGAGGUCCCCUGCAGUUUUGUGGAGCUUAAAGCGUGGUUUCUCUCCCUGCUGGUGAUGGGAUGUGUGUACCACCAGCCCAGCAAGUUCAGCCAUCAGAACAUUGUGCACUGUGUGGAGCUCGGCCUCCAGGCUGGCCCUCACCUAAUUCUGCUGGAGUUGAUGUCUGGAGGGGACAUGAAUUUCCUGAGGCGCAGCCCACCACACCUGGCCCAGCCAUCACCUCUGGCCAUGCAGGACCUGCUCCAGCUGGCCCAGGACAUAGCCCAGGGCUGCCACUACCUGAGGAAAAUCUUCCUCUGGGGCAUCCACUUGACUGGCAGGGACAUUGCUGCCAGGAACUGUCUGCUGAGCUGCAGUGGACCCAGCUGAGUGGCCAAGAUGGGGGACUUCUGGAUGGCUAGAGUUAUCUACAAAGACAGUUAUUACCUAAAGGGUUGCCAGGCUCUGCUGCCAGUCAAGUAGACCCCAGAGGCCUUUCUGGAGGGCAUCUUCACAUCCAAGAUAGACUCCUGGUCUUUUGGGGCAUUGUUCUUGGAGAUCUUCUCACUGGGCUAUAUGCUCUGCCCUGGCACCAACCAGGAGGUGCAGGACUUCAUAGCCAGAGUGGGACUGAUGCCAGCCCCUCCCAGGGGCUGUCUAGGGCCUCAGAAUUUGGAGUGUUGCCCAGGGAGGGGGUCCUUCACAGCCAUGGUUGAGCACAAACUGCUACUUCUCCCCAGGUAUCCCAUCAUGACCCAGUGUUGGCAGCAUCAGCUUGAACUCCGCCCUAGUUUUGCCAGCAUCUUGGAGCAUCUUCCAUACUGCUCCCAGGACCCUGAUGUGCUGAAUUCAUCUCUGCCAAUGGAGCCAGGGCCCAGAAGAGAAAGGGCUGCUGGGCUGGGGAGCAGGUCUUUGGAGGGGCUAAGGUCCCCACAGGCCCAGGAACUGAGUCUGAAGAACUUCAAGAGCUGGAAAGGGAGCUGGCUGCCCUCUGGCCUCAAGCCCCCCAAUGCCAGAGGACUCCCACCUUGGGACCCUUGGAAUCCCAUCUAUAGCUGCUGGGCCCCCAGGGGCCCUGAGGGAGGACAUAGGCAUUGGUGCUAGCAGUGGUUCCUCCCUACACUCCUCCCCAGGCUUCUAGGUGGCUUGUUAUUCCAGUAGCCUCUCCCCCACACCUCCACCCCAGCUUGUACUGCAUGCUUGGGCCUGUCUCAAGGUUGGCCUGCACCACAG